AUGCUCUCACCACUCGACAACGUCCAGCAACUCCUCUACGCACCAGAUGGGACGCGUUACCUCGUUCUCUCGCGCACACGUGCGUACGAUGUUUGGGAGAUGACAAUGUGGACUUCCGAGGGCCUCGGAGGGGCAAUUCCGCGGGUUUGGAGUGGGCAAGGUGACGUGGGCGCGUUGCGCGACGAGGGCCGUACGAGGGACAUCGCGGACGCGAUCCUUGCGGGCAUGCUGAGCGUGCAGGUGAUGGGUAGUGGGGGGUUAAGGCUACUUAUCCACGUGCUCAGCGCGCCCUUUACCGUCUUCCUUGGUCCUGUGGACCCGGGGCAGCCUGGCUGCGUUACCAACCUGCUGUCCGCUGCGUUCUCUAUGAAGGAAGCGAAGCCUGCGACGGCGGACGAGAACUCAACGCGCGCUCACCAGGCCCAGAUCGAUGCGCUGCAGGCCGAGAUCACGUCGUUGCAGAGCCGCAACGCCAACCUGAAGGCCCAGAUCCAGCGGCAGACUGGUAGCUCGGGCCGCAAGGACGUCCAGCCGACAGUCAAGCCUGUGGCGCCACCCAGGAACGCGAGCGUGCUGCAACCCACUCAGCGUCGGCGCAAGGUCGUCGAGGACGAGUUCAUGGGAAGCAGUGACGAGGACGAGGACGAUGACGACGACGAUUCGGAGGAGUACAGCGAAGGCGACUAG